GUCGCGUCUGAGGUGCUUCAAGGGAAACAGGUGCCAUUGCCGUUAGAGCUGGUGUUGCUCGCAAAAAGUGCCGGUGCAAUGAUUUAACGCUGCUGCCCGUUUUAUUUCGUGUGUGUGUGUGCGCUUGUGUUUCGGUUUGUGCCAGUACUGGUCGGGCUACUUGGCUAAGUGAAUUGAAAACCGAAAAAUGCAAAUAAAGUCGAAAAACACUUGCGGGUGCAUUAAAAACAACAACAACAAUACAAACAUACCAAAUACUCAGACAAAAGUGCUGCUAAACGCUUGGUGCGAAUGUGCAUAAUGACGCGAAGAGCUUGACAGCCGAGUGACUGUGUCGUUGGGUCGGUGUUGCAAAUUCAGAAAUAAAUUUUGCGACUUUUGCUUGAGUUUUUUGCAAGGGCUUCGUAUGUUCUUCUGGAAUUCGAAAGUUUUUUGAGCUUUAUGGCGACAUUGCUGCCACAUUCAAGAAAUAAUUAAUAUAUGUAUGUAAAACAAGUGAUAACAAAAUACAAUUACAUGUAAUUUCUUCAUGUUUUCAACACUAAGCUUGCUGGAGCCCGGAAGGAUAGAUUGAGAGUAGUUUGAAAUCUUCCUUACAUUUUCUUCUUAGCGUCAUCGACAAAUAAUGUAUCUAUUGAAAAAUUUUGUAAAUCGUUUGACCAAAAUUUCUCUUACACGCUUUUUCUCGAAAUAAAAACGGUAAGACGGAUUUGUUUAGAAAUUGAUUUUUUAUUACCCGACUUUAAGGCGGCUUAAAAGGAGUUUCCCAAUAUCGAAUUAAAACAUAUAUUAUUAUUUCAAGUAAAUUAAAUUUAAAUAGCAUCCAGCUAAGUUAAAAUAAUUGCUAUUGCAGAAGCAACAAAAGCGUGGACUUGUUAACUAAUUGACUAAAUAACAAAAUCGAAAAUAUUAAUGAGAAAGGGAAAAUUCCAAGCGAGUACUAGUGUACGAGAAAAGGAUUAUAUGUCAUCAUUAUUCGAUAUAAUUAUGCGAUCCAAGGCGACUGCACGCAGACUCAAUCAAGGCAAUAGCGGCGACGAGUACGAAGCGGCGGCAGUGCGACACCUCAAUUUUGUGCCAUUCUCCAAUCACAACAACCACUUCAAUCACCAUCACCCCCCUCCGCAUCAUCUCCACCAACAACAAACACACCUGCCCACGACGGCACUGACAGCGAGCGCCGCACAGCCGUCGUUGAAUUACGAGCGUGCGGAACACAAGCGCGAGUGCGGUGAACUAAACUCCGCUAAUGUCAACGCUAGCGCCAGCGUGAACGCCAACGCAAUCAUACAAAACGGCCACAAUAGUGUCGCGUACGAUUUGGAAACCACGACACUUUAUGCUGCGCCACCAAUUGGGGCGGCAUACCGUAAUCAUCAGCAGCAACAGCAACAUAAUCACAAUAACAACAAACAAAGCAUUAACUUGCAGUCACCACAACAAAACCAACAACACCUGUCGACACAAUCCAUAGCCGCAGCGGCGGCCGCAACAACGCCCGCCACUGCGCAUCUGUCCGCUGCACCGCAUCCAAUGGAGAACUCAUUCUUCGGUAGUAAGGCGCACGCGGAAGACUUCUUCACGCAGCUGGCUCGUUUGCGUGGACGCGACGAUUCCAUAUGUAGCUUGGAUAUACGGGAGCAGGGUGUGUACGCGAAGGUGCGGAUUUACCGCGGCACACGUUACGGCCCAUUUGCGGUGAAGCUGUGCAGUGAGCCGACAGCGCCCAGCCUUGCUUGGGAGGUCAUUGCUGGACCACAUUUCCGCGGCUGGUUGGAACCGUCACAUGAUGUUUCGCCGUGGCUACGCAAAAUACGCGCUGUCGACAAUGACGGAGAGGCUAAUCUGAAGAACUUCCUCGUGGAAGGAUAUCUUUGGUAUGAAACUAAUCGUGAUAUAAACGCUGGCGAAGAAAUCACCAUCGAUGGACGGCCGCGCACACCCAUACACCUAAACGAUGGCUUCGCCAAUGGCGCAGAUACGGCUGCAUUGGGUGCGACGAGCGGUUCGCUGCAUGGCGAUGAUAAGAGCGAACGUGAUAAUGGAUCUCUCUACAGUGGCGGCAACACCACAGGCGAGGACGAGUAUAACCGUGAGCAUUCGUUCAGCGACAAGAAAGAUUGCCUUGAUUUGACCGACGACGAAAACGGUUUCGAUAUACGUUGUGAAGUUUGUGAUAAAACAUUUCAGGACUUAGAAGUUUUGGAUCAUCAUUUGGUUGCCAAGCAUUCAUUUCGUAAAGACGAGUUCCCCUGUGAAUUGUGCAGCAAGCCAUUUUGUCAUCGUCCUUUAUUGUUGAAGCAUCGCGCAUUAGCGCAUAACGAAGUGCGAAAGUAUCCUUGCGAAAAUUGCCCAAAGGUAUUUUGUGAUCCAUCGAAUUUACAGCGGCAUAUUCGUGCCAACCACAUCGGUGCCAGAAGUCACGCGUGUCCGGAGUGCGGAAAAACAUUUGGUACAUCGUCCGGCCUCAAACAGCACACGCACAUCCACUCGUCGGUGAAGCCGUUCCAGUGCGAGGUGUGUUACAAGGCGUAUACUCAAUUCUCGAAUUUAUGCCGUCACAAGCGCAUGCACGCCGACUGUCGCAUGCAAAUCAGAUGUCCUAAGUGCGGCCAGAGCUUCAGUACGGGUACCUCGUUAACAAAGCACAAGCGUUUCUGUGACCCCACCAACGUGCCGCUGCCAUCACAGCCCGCAUCAGCUGGAUCCGGUGUGAAUUUGCCACCACAUUUGCCGUCGCACCAACAGCAGGCCAUGCAGUCACGCGUCUUACAAUCGAUGAAUGCGGCCGUCGCCGCCGCCGCGGGAAAUACUAACGGUACAGGCGCUGGUUUACCGGGCGCAGGCAUGCCGCCAGCCACCCAUCCGUUCCUGUUGUUUCCUCCUCAUACGUUCUUUCCGAAUUUCCCAGCCGCUGCCGCUGCCUACGGUUUGCAGGGCAUAUUUCCGCCAAGUCCAGCGCAGGCGUCUAACUUCCCGUUCUUGUUUCCGAAAACCAAUUUGGAUAUGCGUAUACCGGGCAUGCCGACGCCAAGCGGUCACAAUGUGCCCAGCAGUUUACCAUCGCCUAAAGCCAUACGACAACACCUCAAUUUUGCUUUUGGCGAGAGUAUACGCGCCGGCGACGCCUCACCGCCGUCGAGUGAGCACAGCCUGAAGCAAUCGAAUAGUAAUGUUAAUGCCACGCUCAGCUUAGCCACGGAUGUUGAUGAGGAUGUCAAAUCACAACUCGCGCUGGCGUUGUCUUCACCGCAUUUCAAUGACAAGCAAAAUAGUUUUUCCACACAUCAACAAAGUGAUGAGGAUACCAGCUCUUCGGUUGAACUAAAAAUCACAACAAAUGAAGACGUCGACGUGCAAGAACACGAGGAAAGCGAAGCAGCGGAUUUGACAAAGUUUGAAAACAGCUCCAACAAGCAUACUGAAGAUGAUAAAAAAUCCAUUGAUAUAAUGAGCACUCCACCGCCAGCUGAACCAUCGGAUGAAGAGCACAGCAAAGCCACAAACAGCGCAGCGGCAGCUGAACUGCCUCUGGAUUUGAGCAUAAGCCGUAAACGAGCACGCACCACCAGCUGCAGCUCAACAGCCGACACACAAUCGGUGCAUAGUGAUCGUUCCACCAACCAGGCCACACCAAGCGAACACAAGUCUGACUCCGAACAGCAGCCGGAGUCUAAAAUAAUUCGCGCGCAGCACCACAAACUACUCAACCGUUCAAGCCAUAAAAUAACGGCACGCCGCUGCGCCAAGCUCAGUCGUACACCCUCGAUAACGGCCUCGCCCGGCCCGACACCGUCCCCUUCGCCACCAAGUAAAGAGCAAGUCAAUUUGUUGGCGAACGAUGCGAACUCCUCAGCGUCCGUCGACUUUGAUUGCCUUCAACCACUGGAGCAGCAUCCGCUUUUCCUGUCCUAUAAUCGUACGCGCAUGGUAAACGAUAUCUUUCCACGGCCGUUUCCUUUUUUAGGACCAAUGGGCGGACGGCCAGCCUUUGAUAGGGCACUUCAAUGCUCUGACAUGCCGUUUCCGCCCGAACCAGUUUUUCAUAAAAGUUUACUACCUGCCGGCCUCAUCGGCAGCAUGUUGGCGACGGCCUCCGGCAAAAUCAAGGAUCGUUACACAUGCAAGUACUGUGGCAAGGUGUUCCCACGUUCAGCCAAUUUGACACGUCACGUUCGCACCCACACCGGCGAACAACCCUACACAUGCAAGUACUGCGAUCGCGCUUUCAGUAUAUCAUCGAACCUGCAGCGCCACGUGCGCAAUAUACACAAUAAGGAGCGACCAUUCCGUUGUCACCUGUGCGAUCGCUGUUUCGGUCAGCAAACGAAUCUCGACAGACAUCUGAAGAAACAUGAAGCCGACACGAACGGUUUGGGUAUAGGAUUCGGGGACUCGCCCUCCUCGAAUGAGGCAGAUCGAGAGGACAACUAUCUCGAUGAGAUACGCUCCUUUGUGGGCCAACGCACAUACAGCGAAGAGCAGUACACGCCCACGAGUAUUGGUGGCGCCGAAAACGACACCGACUAUGCGGGCAGCGAAGCAGACGUAGAGUUAUCCGUCUCACGUUCAUCGUCCGUGGAUGCUAUGGCGCUCGGCAGUGGCGAGGAUGCAGUGCUGGUGAAGCAAGAGCCGUUGGCAAAUGUAACGAACAACAGCGACGCCGUCGAUGUAAGCUCAUAAGCGAGGGCGAAAAAAAGCGCAGUGUUGCUUGGAAGUUAUUAAGUGUUUUGUGUAAAAAUUAAAUGACUAACGGUAGUAGCCGAUGCUGUUAGCAAUUUC